GAGGAGGAGGAGGAGAGAGCAGAGUAUACCGCAGACAUCAUUUCUACUACAGUGGCGGAGCCGUACAGGACCUGUUUCACUGCAGGGGGAUCCAAAACAAGCCCCGUGGAGCAGCAGCCAGAGCAACAGCAGCCGCAAGACAUUGUUUCUCUCCCUCUGCCCCCCCCUUCCCCACGCAACCCCAGAUCCAUUUACACUUUACAGAGCAUUGUGCAACAAAUCGCCAGGGUGGUCCAUUCAAGCUGCAGAUUUGUCUGUCAUCCUUGUACAACAGUCUCCUCCACUGCCACUACAGGGAAGUGCAUCACAUGUCAGGUCCCAGAACAGAAGGUGUCGGUGGACAUCUCUUCUUGCCCCAAGAUCUUCGUUGGAAGUCCUCGGGACUUGGUGUCUUUGCCGUUCAAAGUAUUUCUGAACUCGCCAGGAGGCCUAAUGUGUCACCAUUUUAUUCUGGGCCACCCUAAAGGAUGACACUCAGCUUCAGAGACCUCCUCUUGGACGUGAUCCCUGAGAACCAAUGUCUUAGCUCUCCCAUUAUCUGAAGUCUCUUUCCAGCUGGCUUUGAGCUGGUGCAGGCUUAGUCGUUAAUGGCCAGCAUGAUGCUGAAUGUUCUGCUUCAUCAGCUUGCUGCUGUACACCUUUUGCCACUUACAGAGCAGCGACUCUCUCUCGAGCUCUUGGGGAGUCCUUUACACAAAUGCACUAGAAAAAAGGCACCAAUCCAUUCUUUCCAGCUUGGCGUUUGCCCACAGGCCUAGUCCUGGGAUGACCUGGAGCAGAGGCAGUGGAGGAUAAAUUCAUCUUGCACAGACUUGUUUGUGCUAGUUCUAGCCUGUCUCUCACCACAGAUCUAGCUUUUAAAUACUCAAGUGAUUGGUUUUGUGUAGGAAUGUGUGGAUUGUUGGAUUGGAAGAAUUUUCUCUACGGAUUUCUAGUGUUUACAUAAGCAGACAUAAAAAAUGUUCUAUCACUGAUUUAAAUAGCAGGGCUUAUUUUAAAAAGUUAUGGGUGCUUAAAGGUGGUACGGAAUAAAAAUGUCUGUUUUUUUUUUUUCUUUAUUACAAGUUGUAACACAACCCAACAGUAUGUAUUAAUGUUUUGUCAGGAAAGGGUCAAAAUGGAAAAUUUGCAACAAAGACAAACUAGAAUAGAACAAGUGCAAACAGAAGCUGACAAAUAUAUGCCCCUUGUUGGGAGUUCAGCCCAUGGAAUGUUAUGUAGGACAAAAGGAAUGGAAGAGAUAUUUCAGUAACAUUUUGUUCUCUGUCAAAAACCUUCUGAAAUAUAAAUCUGCUGUGUAUUGGAGAAUGGAUACAGCAAUUGAUUCAAGUUGAAUAGCUUUCAUUUAACUAGAGUAUCCCACAGAAAGCAGUUCUUGUUCUGACAACCAUAUUUGUGCUUUCUUUGACUUAAAGAAAAUUGAAUUCGUGUUUACAUAUCCUAUAGGAUUGUUUUAUGGACAAAGACCAGGUCAAAGCCCAUCACAGUGGCUAGUGUUACAGCAAAUGGAAACAUUUCUAAAUGAAAUAACCUUCCCAAGCCAUGGCCAGUGCCUGCAGUAAUCAUACUAGGUUGGUAUAUGAAGCCAUUUGCAACUAUAAAUAAUUCAGUCGUAGAUGUGCUUUUUUUAAAAAAAAAAUCUGUUUUUUUUAUAAUUCUAGUCUCUUGCCAAUAUACAUACCCAUACACAUACUUCACCUAUUUGCAUAAUAGAGAAGGAGGACUAUGAAUAUAUAUACAUAUGUAUGUAUAUAAUAGAAGUCAGCUUUCUUUUGGACUUUCUAGAGCAGAUUACCUUUUUCUUCUCAUGAUGGCUCCCUGAAUUGCUUCCAAUUAUUGAAAUUCCGUAAUUGCCCACAAAUAUGAAUGUGUCCUUCUAAGGGUCUUGCCAUAGCAACUGAUCUAGCUGAAAGCUAAUGGCCAGUAGUACUGGUUUAAGGAGCUGAACUUCAACAUCAAGGGCUCCCUGCAAAGGGUAUUCUGUUUUAGUCUGCAUUUCUACACUCCUCAAGGAGAGAGUAGGUGCUUAAUGUUUUGUUUUGUUUUGUUUUGUUUUUAAAUUCCCAGGUCAUUCUGGCAUUAAUCCUGGACUCACUGCAAAUGUAAGUUUUAGCAGUAACUAUUACUCCUGAAAUAUUUUGGCUCUCUGUGGCCUGUGGUUCAGUAGACUCUGAGGUUUUCCAGAUACAUUAAGGACUUAAAUACAGAAUGUCUUAAAAUUUUAGGUUUAUUGAUCAAGAGAAAGCUUCUCUAGGAAUACAAGUCUCUGUUAGGUUUUAGCCCUAUUGUACCUUCAAGAUUCUUAAUUGGAUGCCUUAUAUUUUCUUUGUUUUCUGUGUUCAUACUAAUUUUCCACUUGGGUUUAUUGUUUUCUUACUUGGGAACUACUUUCUUUUUUUUUUUAAAUACACAGUCCUUAAAAUUAUAAAACAGUUCCAACCUGUUUGUUCUUCAGACCUUGACCAUCUUUUCUGUCUUAUCGCUGAACCAUCGUUUCUCUUUCUGCAUCUCUUCUGGGAUUUCAUUUUGCUCAGCUAAAAUUCUAGUGUGUGAUUUUGAACACUAUGGUGUGAGUUUCCUGACCAACUUCUUCUUGCGUCCGAGUCCAUUUCCUGUGCUUAAAGCUGUUGGCAUUCCAUGCACUGCUCCUAGUCAAAACUGAAACUUCUUGCACUAAUAAGAUUAAUCUUUACAACAUUAUUAAGUUCUUCCUUUCUAUUUCUUGUUCCAUUGUUAUUUCUCAAAGAUGAAAAUCUAUUUGUCAGUAAGAAAUUCAUUUUGGUGUCACUUACUAAAGAUCUCUUGGAAUUUUCUGUUCUGCUGAUGCACGCUACAGCUUCAAACUGCAACAAUCAUCAACUAGUCUUUGACAAAUUAGUUGUCCGUACACAUAGUUUACAAUAUUACAUUCGCUGUUUAAAAAUAAUUAAGCUUCUCUCUGUGUUCUUUGCUGUGGGUCAGGAACUUUACUUACUUUGCCAUCCAACACAGAAGUUAAUCACAAAUGAGUCCUCUGAACCAAAUAAUUAAAAAUAGAGCAAAGUUUCUGAACCAGGCGGUUGGCAGAAACGUCUGUACUUCCAUCUGUGCAUGGUUAGGAAAAUAUUUCAUGAUAUUUAAAUAGCAUCAGCUUUGCUCUCUUUUGUGUGAGAGUGUGUCUGUGUGUCUAUGCGUAACUCAUUGCUCUAAAGGUUUGUUUGACUGUUAGCUAAUCUUAAAAAAAAAAAGUCACUGGCAAGGAAACAGGAAAGCAAAUCCAGGUGUUUUGUGCGUACAUACUUUAUUUGCCAGUUUCUGGGAAGGAGCAAUGGUCUUGCCUUUGCUUUUCUCUCUAACUGAAAGUUUGUCUCUUAGCACGUGCCUCUGAAAAUUAAAGAACAUUGUAUUUUGACUUUGAAA